GUCGCGCAGUGAAUUUUUUUCUGGUAAUUUUUCUCUGCUCCUUCUAAUAUACGCCACGUAAAUCCACCACGAAUAAAUACCAACAACAACUCUAUCAUCUCUUCAACUACUACAACAACAACAACAACAAUAACUACAACAGCGCGCCUACAAGAACAGCAAGCACACACUAAGAGAAAACCCCAUAGGAAUUAAGAGAGAGAAAGAGAGCACAUUGUGUGUGUGUGUGCACACAUAUGUAGAAAGAGCAACAACUAUUUUAGUACAACACAAGACGAGCAAUAAAAAAAGAAGAAGUUGAAGAGAGGCAGCAGGAAAUAUAACAACAACAACAACAACAUCAUCUACAGCAGCAGCAGGCCAGCUGAGAGCGCUGAGCGCCAAAACAAGAAACAAAAAAAAAAGAAAGAAACAGAAAAACGAAAAAGUUGAGGAAGAGAUCGAAGUUCUUACCUCCAACUCACCUCAUCAUCCUUUUUCCCCACACAAAAACCAACCAAAACUCACCUUCGAUCGAGGGUGUAACUUUUGUUGAUUCGAAAAGCACACACUCGCAACUCUCAGGAUAUGUACGGCAACAAUAAUCCGGGUAGUAACAAUAAUAACGGUGGUUAUCCCCCAUAUGGCUACAACAACAAGUCGAGCGGUGGGCGUGGAUUUGGCAUGUCCCAUUCUCUGCCAUCUGGAAUGGAUACAGAAUUUUCAUUUCCAAGUUCCUCGUCGCGUCGCGGUUACAAUGAUUUCCCCGGCUGCGGCGGUAGCGGUGGAAAUGGCGGUAGUGCCAACAAUCUUGGAGGCGGCAACAUGUGCCACCUACCGCCAAUGGCCAGCAACAAUUCGCUAAACAAUCUGUGCGGUUUGUCGCUGGGCAGCGGCGGUAGCGAUGAUCUCAUGAACGAUCCCAGGGCCAGUAACACCAACCUGAUUGUCAACUACUUGCCCCAGGACAUGACCGAUCGUGAGCUCUACGCCCUAUUCAGAGCCAUUGGACCCAUCAACACGUGCAGAAUCAUGAGAGACUAUAAGACUGGCUACAGUUUUGGUUAUGCUUUCGUGGACUUCACAUCGGAAAUGGACUCGCAGCGUGCGAUCAAAGUACUGAAUGGCAUCACAGUGCGCAACAAGCGUCUCAAGGUUUCCUAUGCUCGUCCCGGCGGGGAAUCAAUCAAGGACACCAAUCUGUAUGUGACCAAUCUGCCGCGCACCAUAACCGACGAUCAGCUGGACACGAUCUUCGGCAAGUACGGUUCCAUUGUGCAGAAGAACAUUUUGCGUGACAAGCUCACAGGUCGUCCCCGUGGUGUGGCCUUUGUUCGGUACAACAAGCGUGAGGAGGCCCAGGAGGCCAUAUCGGCAUUGAACAACGUAAUACCCGAGGGCGGAUCACAGCCACUGUCCGUUCGGUUGGCCGAGGAGCAUGGCAAGGCCAAGGCGGCGCAUUUUAUGUCACAGAUGGGCGUGGCAGCGCCAAAUGUCCCACCGCCGCCGCCACCACCGCCGCCGCACAUGGCCGCCGGAUUCAACAAUAUGGUGCACAGAGACGGAGCUAUGGAAAAAUUACGCUCAUUAUUCGAUGCUAUAUGCGAUGCUAUCUUUGGUCUCGAUAGCGACAACUUUGCCGAUUUGCUUGACGGACUGUACCGCAGGAAGUACCAUUAUCCUUACUUAUAAUUGACACCGCAACAGCAGCAGCAACUCCUACAACAUCAGCAACAGGCGUUGGGCUUUACCGGCAGCACCAGCAAUAGCAUUACCAACGGUAACGCCAAUGGUAAUGAGAACAACAUGCUGCUCUACCACCAACAUUACCAUCAACAACAACAACAACAACAGCGCCUGGGCAAUGUUGCUGCUCACAGUAUGAGUCCCAAUGGAAGUAAUAACAACAUCAACAUCCAUAACAACAAUACGAACACCAAUAGCAUUAACUUUAAUACGAUACGCCAGAAUGGAGUUGCUGCCCUUCACUAUCUGCAGGAGCAGUUGCAACUGCAACAGCCGCAGGAACAACAAUCACAGCAACAGCAGUCGCUGACAAUGCCAUCGCCGCCGCCAUUUCAACAACAACAAUCACGACAAGCGCACCUUAAUGGCAGCAGCGGCAGUCUUAACAAUCAAUUGCUGGCCAUUGGCAACAGCAAUAGCUUCAAUAAUAAUAAUUCCAAUCACUCCAAUAGUUUUAGCAGCAAUUACAACAACCCUAGUGCUUUCACCAACAACGGUGCAAGCAGCAGUAACUUCACCAACAACCACACGAGCGGUGGGAACUUCGGCAACAACCCAGCAAGCAGUGGAAGUUUCACCAACAACCCUGGAAACAGUGGAAGUUUCACCAACAAUCCUGGAAACAGUGGAAGUUUCACCAACAACCCAGCAGGCAGUGGAAGUUUCACCAACAAUGCGUCAGGCAGCGGCAGCAACUUCACCAACAACCUUUCUGGCAGCAGCCAUUUCAGCAACAGCAGCAGCAGCAACUUUACCAACAAUGCAGCUGGCAGCAUGAAUUUCAACAACAAGAACAACAACAACACUGAUGGCUGCAACAAUCACACCAACAAUCACCAUAGUUCGCCGCAGCACGACUUUGGUUUUACCAUGUCGACCACUGAGCAAGAACUGCAUCAGCAAACCCUCAAGUUGCAGCAGCUGCAUCUUAACAACAGCUUCAGCAACACCUCAGCAGCAGCUGCAUCUGCAACAUCACCAGCAGCAGCAGCAGCAACUUCCACUUCAACAACGGCAACGGCAUCGGCAUCAUCCUCCACGAACCCCACAAACGUAGGAUUCUUAUGGCGUACAUAACCAGAGAGUUGAGAAGCGAAUGAUGAGAGAAGGCAAUCUUCAGAUUAGAAAUAAUAUAUAACACUUUAUAUAUAUAUAACUAUGAAUACCUUAUAUUGAUCAUCGUAGUAUCAGCAUCCAUCGAAACCAUAUACAGAAACCCAAAUUUUAUGUUCUCAAACCCCAAGAAUUAAUUUACUUUAUAUAUAUAUAAUUUUUUUUUGUAUGUUCCUCACUCUUAACCCUUAUGUUGUAGUUGGUUUUUUUGUGCUUUUUUUUGAGAGGAAUCUUUUUUUUCUUUUUGUAACUAGCUCUAAGGCAAGACACGUAUAUGUAUACAAAUCAUAAAUAAUUAUAUAUACACACAUAUAUAGUACAUAUAUAUAUAUAUAUAUGUAGAAUGUGAAAACGAGAAAGAAGGAGGUCUUUUUUUUGCUUAAACUUAGAGAGAAGAAAACCCUAUGAGAAACACAUUUUUUUUGUCACAUAUUUAUAACGUAUAAUCAUAAAGAAAAAUACAACAAAAUAUAUUAUAUAAAAAAGAACACACACACGCAAACACACAUUAUAUAUCUAUAGCUAUAUAGCAUAUUUGUAGAAGAGGACAUAAGCUCUGAUUGUUUUUUUUUUUUCUCUGUGUCUGAAACUGAUUUUUUUGGCGCGAACUAUGCCGCAACAACGUACACGGGCAACGUAACGUGUAUGUUUAUAGCUGAAGUUAAUCCACAUCUAUAUAUAUAUAUAUGAAUACAUAUUAUUUUUUUUCAUAAUUUAUAAUCCCAUUUUUUUGUCUAUAUUAUAUACGUAACGAAAUGGCUAAACUGGCUAAAGGCUGGGCAUGCUCAAGUUUUCAGGCUGUUUAUCGAUAAACUUAAACAAAAACUUAGCUAGAACUAUGCUUGAGUAGAGGAGAAGGAGUAGGAGAACGAGAGACCCAGACAAAAUUACAAUACAAAAACCCAAUUUUUUUCAUAGCUAUAAUGAAUAUAUAUGUUUUUUUUUUUUGACUAAGUAUAAAUACUUUUUUUGAAAUCCAUUUUUUUAUUAGUUUAUUUUACGAAAGAACUUGAGCAUGUGGCAGCGAGAAAACGAAA